AUGGGAAUGGUUCCUGAUACCCGCCUCCCAGUGGUGGGAAUGGAGAAAGGAAACAACCAUUUUGAGGUUCUGCCUGAAGGGUGGGUUCAAGUAACUCACAAUUCUGGAAUGCCUGUCUAUCUUCACAAGCAGUCAAGAGUGUGCACAAUGUCAAAACCCUACUUUUUAGGGCAGGGCAGUGUUAGGAAACAUGACAUCCCUUUGAGUGCGGUUCCUUGUCUUCAGUAUCUAAAAGCUCUUAGAGAAGAAUUGCAGAGCAAAGAAGGAAAUGGAGAAGGCACUAGUGAAGAUAAAAGAGACAGUGGAUUGGAUAAAACAACACAUUUAAGUAAGGAUGGAGGAGAUAAUCAUGGAGUAGAAUCAGGAGCAAGCAAUGAUGUGGUAAACAAAACAUUUUCAAGUGUCCUGGGACUAACUCCAUUGGAAGGUAGGUUGUUGGCCAUUUUCAAAACACUUUCUAUAUUGGCUGCUUAUGAAAUACAUCCAGUUCUUUAUGAUGUAGUUUAG